GCCCUAACAUGAAAGUCUGCUGCACGAGACAGGCCAGUUUGCUGUUGCAAGCUUCAGAGGUGCGGUUGUUGGUUGUGUAAGCCGGUUCGCGGUGUUUUCGCUGUUUUUAAUUUUCACGUUUUACAAUUCACCGCAUAAAGUUGAAGACACUUGUCGCAGACAUGCCGAGGAAAAACGAUAUCCGUGCGUGAUGCGAGUGGUAAAUUUUGUGCACCCAUUUGUGUUGUAAUUACGACCGACUGAAUUUGAAGAAAACUGUUACGAGAAAGUGUCAAUUCCUCUGAAGAAACAACCACGAUCACGUCCGAUGCCCGCAAUACAUCGAAGAACGCGAAGAUGUAGCUUGAUCAGCCGCCACCAGCCGCGUGAUCAUCAAGAAUCGAAUUCCGCCGCAGUAACAGUGGACAUACUUGGUCUAUAAUUAAACUAUAUAAUGUGCUGACGGUGUACCCUAACGUGAACUCGCGCUCGCGUACCAGUUGAGCUCUACGACAAACAAGAACCUUCCUCCUCCGUUGUUCAAUGCUCGCUAAAAGAACUACUUAACGUUUAAACCGUCGAGAACGAGAGAUCAGGCAAAAAGACAGAAGGAAAGAAAACGAAUCGAACGAUGGGGGGACAGGCAGAGGGAGCGAGGAUCGCGUGGACAGUGGCUCGACUUCCGUCGUGGCCGUGGAGAACGAGAAUCUUGGGCCAGUUGGCCUGAGAUAUGCCAGAAGUGGCAUCGUCAACGGUAUCAUCGACAUCGUCAUCGAGGCUCAAAGCGGAGACGGCGACGUCGAGGUCUGGCGGUAUCGCUGGCCGACAGCUGGCGAUAGAAAUCGAGACGAUCGAGCGCCGGGUCUGCGCCACCCGUCGCGACCUCUUCGUCCCCGUGACCAUCGAUCCGCGGCCCAGUCGGGCCGUCCACUGUCCCGAUCUAAACGCCUGUUUGGUGAACGAGUCUCGAACCGGCCACGAACAGGUAGACUGUCAGGCGAUUCACUUUGGCUACGCGAUCCCAGUGAACGUAGUCCCCCUCGAGACCGAUCCACGACUCGCCGAGCUCGUCUUGGACCACUCGACCGAGUUAAGCAGACGCGCCGCGAGCUUCUUGCUCGAGCACCAUCCCCAGCUGCGUCAGCAGCGACAGACACAGCACGAACGCUGUUCAAGCAUGGCAGCCACCGCGAAGCACGAUCUGCGUCAGAAGUUUCCGACAGAAACGUCGACGUCCGGUGACGAGGAUAUUGCGGCGAUCGCCAAGCAGAUCAGCGAUCACGCGGAGGCGAUCUAUCAGACAUGGAAGAGUCGAGGACUAGCUCCUACAGAGAUACUGAAUUGCCACAGUAAUGCUACGGCCGCGGACAAAUUUGGAACUGCACUUACGCCGACUUCCGCGUCCAAUAGCCCAAGUAGUACGGGGAAAGUUACUCCUACGAGCUCUAGCCCUGCCACCGCGGUGGAUAUAUUGAGUCAAACGCCGAAUCUCGAUAACGGGAACUUGGAGAAGCUGGUGAACAAUUUCGUAGUGGAGGACAAGGCUAGGUUAGCUGCGUCGAGGCAGAGAUCGCCGUCGAAGACUCUGCCCUCGUCGAUACAAUUCGCGUUGGAGAAGUUCGAGAAGAACUCGAUGCAGCAGCAACAACAACCGCAGACUUCUCCUUUGAAGAACAGCAACGUUGGUAGUCAAGUGAAACCGAAACAGGGAACUGUUUUGUUGUCUCCGACGUCCCCUUUCGCGAACAAACCGUCGCAGAUAGUGAAGCCUCAGGUAUCCACAAAGAUUCCCGGUGCUCACCACCGGGAAGUGUUUCUAGAAACCAUAGAGACCACUUUUCCGGCGGACAUAACGCCGUCGAAGAUCGUCCAGCAGAAGAGGCCGACGAGUACGGUAAUUACCUCUCCCACCGCCUCUAAUCUAGAUGAUCCUUCGACGAAUUCAGGACUGACUACGUGGCCCUUAAAGAACAAAUUAAACGAAAGUAAAAGAGUGACAGAUCCUUCCAGAUCGCCUCAGCAGGAAGUUAAAUCGUUGACAAGUAAGGAGGAGAAAAGAAAUAGUGGUUCUAAUUCGAGCGUUUACCUCGACGAGGUCGCUCGUGAGGAGGAAAGACUGAUAAAUGCCCUGAAAACGGGCUCGGUGAUCACGGAGGAGCCCGUAGAACGAACGGUACCUCUGACUCGCCAGAAACCGGCGAUAAAGAGGGAGAAGCCGAAGGUGGAGCCUGUUAAACCGAUAAUUAUCGGUCACAAUCAUCACGCAAGCGGUCUGGUGACCACUUCUGGCGCAGUAGUGAACAGUGCCGCAUCUCCGACGCCUGGUAGCAACGCCAGUGCCACAUCGGAUACGAAAUCUCUAAGCAAGGAUGAUUUGUCAAACAUGUCAAUGGUGGAUUACGCAAAAGUCAGAUACAGAGCGGCUCAGCAAAAUCCUCCGACUCAACAGAGGCUGGAGGAGCAGAAAACAAACAACAAUUUCAAUUCUACGGAGCAGCUGGUGUCGACCACGAGGUCCAAGUUCGAAACGGAGAUACAAAAGGACAAGGAAGCUAACAAAGACGAGAAGGAUCCUGUUACGUCUAGAUGGGGUCCUAGAAUCAAUUCUCCUAGGCCGAGAAUCGAACAAGUGCCCCAUCCGGAAUUGACCACGCAACAGAAGCAGCAUAUAAGAGCUGCUGCCGCGACUGGCACCGGAAACAAUCCUAUUAGACCGUUUUUGACCAGAGGAUCCGUCGCGGAACGCGUUUUGAUCUUCGAGAAGUGUCCGAGCGAGCUGUUGCUUGACAAACGGGGGCCACGGCAACCGGCUAUCAACACUUGGAGAACUGGGCACGAUGUUCAAAACAAGGCUCAGACGUACGCGAAAGACAAGACACAGCAAAAGAGCUUGCCACCGCACACGACACUCCAGAGGCACGUGAAAGCGAACAGAAACGUUCACAUACCACGAUUUUACUUUCCCGGAGGGAAACCUCUGCCGUUGUCGCAAGUAGAGGCAACUAUCGCGAGGAUCACCGCUGCUUUCCAAACUCUUCCUGGUCAUCGUGCAUCUCGAGCCCAAUUUCACGCUAUCACCAAGGCAUGCGACUUGCCGCUCUAUUGGAAGGUGCCGCUUUUCCUUGCCGCCGGAGGAGAUCAGACCGGCUACGUUGAGAUGAACGCGUUCCUCGAGUUUUGGAAAGAACUGUCGAACACCUACCAUGACGCGGCAAGCAAGUUUAUCCGAAUCACAACCCGGGGCCAGAGGAACAAUAUACUACCAGAGGAUUUGAUCCCAUUGGUACAAGACGUAGUCGAGACUCAUCCCGGUUUAACUUUCCUCAAAGAAGCUACUGAGUUCCAUUCACGCUACGUACACACGGUGAUCGCCAGGAUAUUCUAUUGUGUGAAUCGAAGCUGGAGCGGAAGAAUUUCCGUCGCCGAACUGCGAAGAAGCAACCUUUUGUCGGUGAUAGCGAUCCUCGAACACGAGGAGGAUAUCAAUCAAGUGACUGCCUACUUCAGCUAUGAGCAUUUCUAUGUGAUCUACUGCAAAUUCUGGGAGCUUGAUCGAGAUCACGAUCUCUUCAUCGACAAAACGGAUCUCACAAAGCAUAAUGAUCACGCUCUUUCCAAGCGUAUGAUCGCGAGAAUAUUCAGCGGUGCAGUGACCAGGGGUGGCGUGAAAAGCGGAAACGGCGUUCAACAACCCCAGGAUAAAAUGAGUUACACGGAAUUCGUGUGGUUCUUGUUAAGCGAGGAGGACAAAAACCAUCCGACUGCUAUUGAAUAUUGGUUCAGAUGCAUGGAUCUCGAUGGCGAUGGAUAUUUGUCAAUGUACGAGCUGGAAUAUUUUUAUGAAGAACAAUUGCAUCGUAUGGAAGCGAUUGGACUGGAAACGUUACCCUUUGAGGAUUGCCUUUGUCAGAUGUUGGACAUGAUCAAACCAGCGACGCCGGGAAAGAUAUCUCUAAGCGACUUGAAGAAGUGCAAGAUGACCUCAAUCUUCUUCGACACGUUCUUCAACCUCGAGAAGUACCUGGAUCACGAGCAGAGAGAUCCCUUUGCAUCUGCUAGGGAGCAUGACCCCGAUGGUCACGAGCUGUCGGAUUGGGACCGAUUCGCGGCAGAGGAGUAUGAACUGUUGGUCACCGAAGAGAGCGGUAACGAACAGAAUGAGCAAAUGUCAAACGAUUCCAUGUCGGAAGACGUGUUUUCCCAACACCUGGAGGUUCUGGACGGUGAAUCCGUGGAUGUACUUCAGGGUAUAGAUACCGAAUACCAAGGAUACCCCGAGUUAUCUACGAACAGUCCAUUGGAUUUCAACUGUCAACAGUCGAGGUACCAAUAUUACGACAGUGGUGACAGCGACGAUUACGCUGAGAGCGAUAAUUGAACGGGAAUGGGAAAGCUGAACGUCAACCUCGGGAAGAGAAAGCAAAGGAAGGGGGAAAUUGACUUUUUCCUCGAAGCAAUUCAGUAGUCUAAACGCGUAGUUGUUUUCCAUAUAGUAGGAGUGUCGUGUAAUCUUUUUGUGAACAGCCGUAUAUUAUGGUGAAACGAUUCUCGACGAAACUGUGUAUACGAAUCCAUUCGGUGAUCUGGCAAGAAUCGUUUCUUUCAAGUACAAAGACAUCUGAGAACGAUUGAUUUUAACCUUCUACCUGGAUAGUAUAAUCGAACAAUGUUAAAACGUAUCAAUGAAACAGAACAGGAAGCUUUUUUAGAAGCUAGACAUAUUUAAUCGUUUGAGAUAAGAAAAUAAGAAGAGGGAAGUAUCGAGCGAUCCUCUUUGAAACGGAGAAGCUUCGAUAUCACCGAAUCGAUCCGUAACUAUGAAUAGUAGUCGAGAGGAAGAUUCAGGCAACGGCACGACGAUGUGUGAUAAGCAAGCGUCAUUGUUCAAUCUCUCUACGAUAUACAUAUUGUGUACUUCACGUUGUAAAUAGACAGCAAAUCACGGACCCUUAUUUUUACUUAACGCGAGAAAGUCACUUGAAAAAAAUGCAGGUCUUUCAAUUGCUGCAGCCAUUUAUAAGAAAGUCAACUGACAGUAGCUGUAGAAAUAUAAAACAAUUUAAUCAGUCGGUUCUCAAGCAAAUUCAUCCCGAUGAACUACAAUUUUUCUAGUUCGAAGGAUAUUAUUUUUUAGACGAGAACGGGAUGAAAUUCCGCGAAAAAACACACACCCUAGUUUCAGCCCGAGGCUGCAACAACUGGAAAUUGCACGUUAGAAGAAUCGACGUCGUUGGAUUUGCGAGUAAGAGGUGCUGUUACCCUAUAUAAUCGUCUUGUAAGCCAUAGUGUUACACUGUACGCAAAGUAUUGCACGCACGAGAACGUUCAAAGGAUCGAGCGAGAUCGUAACAGUAAGAUAUUCCUCUAAUUCGAUCCGGUAUAAUAUUCGUAAUGUGGGUGUGUCCUAUUCUUUUUCUGGAAAUCUCAGACUACGAUCUACGAUUGUUGUUUCUUUUCCACGUGUUUGCAGGCAUUUCUUGCAAAAUGAUGAAUACAAGCCAAAGAUGAGACGUGUUCUGUUAUCUUCAGCAUGAAGGUAGAAAGGAAAACGAAGAGACAGAGAAACUGUGUAAACGCAGAUGCUGCUCUAAAUGAUAGGAACAUCGUCCCCUUCAACCUAUAAGUGACAUUUGUUUCGAGGUUCAAAGGGAUUUAUUGGGAUCUCCCUUUACCAGUUGGACGUUGAGUGGAUGUAGCUUUUUUUAUAAACUAAGUUAAAGUUGCUUUAUAGUGUUCUCCUCGAAACGAUGCAUUCUGAAUAUCGAUUGUUUAUCUUCUUUCCAUACUUUUUUUUUUUUUUUUUUUUUUUAAUUACGUUAAUAAAGUGGCCCCGAGAGUUUAGAUACUUUUUAAAUGAUUGUUAAGGAAUUAUUGUGGUUUAAAGUAUGCAAAUCUCCGCUGACAGAUGCAAGGAGAUUCUAUUUUUAGAUUCCUUUUCGUUAGGAAAACACCAUGAAGAACGUAUAUAUGACGAUCAUUGAAGAGCGUGUAGUGAAAUUUUGUUGAAAGUGUCUACUGCCACAGCAAUGGAUUCUUAAACGCGGCUCGACUUAAUCUAAUUUACGACACUGGAGAACGGAAGUUGUACCCUCUUGUUUUUUAAACAUCUCUUAAAUACGUUUUAAUUGUUACUGUUAAAUUAAUUGCUCAUUAGAGAUUUUAUUUCUGCGUGAAUUCUACGACUUGUUGUUCCAUUAAAUGAUAAUUGUACGAGCGAUAUAUCGUUACGUUUGAUUGUGAAAGUACUCGAAGAGUACUCGUAUGUUCAGGGUACAAUUGAUUUACGAGAUCCGCUUGAGCCGCCAAGACUGCUGGAAUGUAUAUAUUAAUUUCGUUUCCGAAAUUUAAUUUUAACUGCGUAUACAUAUAUAAUAUUACUCUAGUCGAAAUGUGUGCUAUAAUUCACAUAACGAAGACCACGUGAGAUGGCGCGUUAAUUUAAAAUCUGUUUCGUGUUAUUUGUUAAUUAACAGAGUUGAAUUGCAAGCAACGUGAACGAGCGUUGAUGGAAAAUUCUUUGUCGUAAAGGAUGCUCGAGUACUGGACCAUAUUACAGAUAAUCACUUUCGAUAAUACAUCUUGGAAAUACUUCCAAAGAAUUUACCAAAAUAUAUCAUAAGUAAUUCGCAAUGGUAAUAAAGACAUAUCGAAAAUCUUUGAACGAUCAGACGUUUUAAAAUGAAAUAUUUAUAUUAGAAAGAAUUGUGAUCCUAUCGAUACUCCUGAAACACGGUUAUUGUUCUUGUUACUGUUACGUACCUGUGUUCGCUUGAUUACGUAAAUCGGUUCUUUUAAGAACCAUUCUUUAAAAUCGUUCAUUCAGAUUUCGUGUUUACCAGCUUCCGAUAUCACACGAUGGAAUCACACGUUCCUUUACGUCGUUGAAUUUUCACGAUUAACAGUAAAAGAGAAAUAAAGUGAUGUAGGUGUUCAAUAGAAAGACCUCUUACAGAAUCGAAUUCUUAAAUAUCGACGUAAUAUUUUUUAAGGAUAGCUAAUCUUUUAUUUGGCGAGUUAUCUAUUAACUUAAAAUAUUGUUAGAUAUUCUAUCAUUAAAAAAUGAAAAAGGAAAGAAUCUCUCCGAUAAGAAGAGGAGGAUAUUUAGCGCUUCCUAUUGACCAUUUGAAGAAAUGAAAAAGAUGAGGAAACGAUCAUCCAAAUAGGUCUCCCCAAAUAAGAGGUUGACGUUUAUCACGGAAGUUAUUUAAUUUCUUUAUUGCGUUUCCGCAUUCAGAGAACCGUUUUCACCGCGAGUGAUCGCUUUUGUUGACUGUCCAAAGAUGUAACUAUUAACACUUACAGUUGUAUCUUUUAUAUAGCUCGUUAUGAUUUUUUUUUACAAUAUAUAUAUAUAUGUAUGUAUAUGUAUAUAUAUGUGCAUAUCUCUUGGUAAAAAUUUCGUUGUGACAAUGUAGUGCGCAUCGAGUUUUCAUUAAACGAAAGUUAAGACACGUGGAAGAUGGGCGAGAACGUCCGGUUAUAUUAUUCGUCAUUGCAUUUGGCCAUGUUUUCGAUUGUUAUAUUUAUUCAUUAUUCUAUGAUAGGUUUAUCACUGUUCUAUAGAUCUGUUACGUGAUUUCUUAAAUCGAGCGUCGUCAUGCCACGAUUUCGUGUCUUUUUCGAAGAAAGGAAGGAAGACGAUUAUUAUUAUUAUUAUUUUCUUCUUUUUUUUCGAUGUGAAAUUCGAAUUUGUGGUUUAAUUUUGCACACGCGUGCUUAGACCGUCUCGAUAAAUAGACUCACGUUCACUAUUUACCUACAUUUUUAUUUAUAUAUUUUAUCUGUGCAUGAGUAGACAAUUAAGGUAAUUUUGCAAGUUAAUAAAAAUGAAUGGUAAAAACUA